AUGUCUGGGCUGCACGCGCGCUACACUGACACGAUCAACAAGUAUUUCCUUGCCCGGGAUAGACGAUUGCAAUUAUUCGUCUUCAACGAGGAAUUCCUAGUAAAUGCAAGUCAUCAGCUUGCGUUGAUUACGUCCCUGCCCUUUGUACACACCGCCCGUCGCUCCUACCGAUUGAGUGAUCCGGUGAGCUGUCCGGACUGCGAUUAG